UUCUAAUCUCUAUCACGUGACAUUCGGUGACAUGCACAAAGUACAGCAUACCCUACUCUCCGCCUUGAAUCUCGAAAUAUUUUCCAAACCGUCUUACAGAACACAAGGAGUGCAUGUUUGGUUUGCCCCGAGCUCAACAGGUUACCUGCAUCUCGGAGGGCUCCAUACAGCUCUGUGCAGCAUGGUACAACUAUUCAUCGGCUCGGGCAAACGAAGGAAAUUUUAUUUUACGCCUAGAAGACAUGGAUCAAUCAGGACUCGCAUCACAUGCUGCCGGUAACCUCCUAGAGGAUCUAUUCUGGGCUGAAAUCAUCCCGCAGAAAGACCUGACAAGGGGGAGACCUGUAGGUCCUUACUUUCAAUCGAAACAUCUGGAAUUAUACAAGUAA